GUUGGCGGCAGCCAAUAGGAUACGGCGCUGUUAUCGAGAGAGCGAGAGAAAAAAACCCUCCAGUCGCCAUGAUACAGCAACGGAAACGGGGAAGAAGUAGCUAGAAAACAAAAGAGAACACGCAGUCGUCCUCGCGAUUUGGUAUGCUCUUGCAGUGUUAUAGGAAUGCCCAAGGAAAAAUAUGACCCGCCGGAUCCCAGGCGGAUGUACACAAUUAUGUCUAGCGAGGAGGCAGCAAAUGGGAAGAAGUCAUACUGGGCUGAGCUGGAAAUCAGUGGCAGAGUAAGGAGUCUCAGCACAGCCCUGUGGUCUCUAACCCACCUCACUGCCCUGCACCUCAGUGACAACUCCUUGUCACGCAUCCCGCCAGACAUUGCCAAACUACACAACCUGGUGUACCUGGAUCUCUCAUCCAACAAGAUCAGGAGCCUGCCGGCAGAGCUCGGCAACAUGGUGUCUCUCAGGGAAUUGCUUUUAAAUAACAACCAGUUGCGAGUUCUCCCAUUUGAAUUGGGAAAACUUUUUCAGUUACAGACACUGGGGUUAAAAGGAAACCCACUUGCACAAGAAAUUAUGAGCCUCUAUCAGGAACCUGAUGGCACACGGAGACUGCUCAGCUACUUGUUGGACAAUCUGGCGGGGGCUAUAAAGCGCAGUUCUCUCUUCUGCCCAGUACCCACAGAGCAGCCACCAGCCAGGUCGUGGAUCUCACUCCAGGAACCGGACCGAACACGUCCAGCAACACUGUUCUCUGUUAUGUGUUACAAUGUGCUGUGCGAUAAGUAUGCCACACGACAGCUAUAUGGCUACUGCCCCUCCUGGGCUCUAAACUGGGAGUACAGGAAGAAAUCUAUCAUGCAGGAAAUCAUGGGCUGCAAUGCAGACAUCAUCAGUUUGCAGGAAGUAGAAACGGAGCAGUACUACAAUUUCUUCUUGCCAGAGUUGAAAGAGCAGGGAUACGACGGGUUCUUCAGUCCAAAGUCUCGCGCCAGAACAAUGUCUGAGUCGGACCGUAAACAUGUGGACGGAUGUGCAAUUUUCUUCAAAACGGAAAAGUUCAGUGCUGUGCAGAAGCACACAGUGGAGUUCAACCAGCUGGCUAUGGCGAACUCCGAAGGCUCAGAGGCAAUGUUGAACAGGGUGAUGACGAAGGACAACAUCGGGGUCGCUGUACUGCUGGAAGUUCGCAAAGAGAUAAUGGAAAUGUCUUCUGGUAAGUCACUCCAUGGCUUGGACAAGCAGCUUCUGCUCGUUGCAAACGCUCACAUGCACUGGGAUCCCGAGUACUCUGAUGUCAAGCUGGUCCAGACCAUGAUGUUCCUGUCAGAGGUGAAGAAUAUCGUGGACAAGGCAACACGCAGCUUCAAGAUUUCCACGUCUGGUGAGACCAGCGCCAUUCCACUGGUGCUGUGUGCUGAUCUCAACUCCUUACCCGACUCUGGUGUGGUGGAGUAUCUGAGUACCGGUGGGGUGGACUGCACCCACAAAGACUUCAAGGAGCUUCGCUACAGUGACAGCCUGACCAAAUUUAACUGCAACGGAAAGAACAGCACGUCCAACGGCAAGAUCACCCACGGCUUCAAGCUGAAGAGCGCCUAUGAGAACGGCCUAAUGCCUUACACCAAUUACACCUUCGAUUUUAAGGGUGUCAUCGACUAUAUUUUCUACUCCAGGCCUCACCUGAACGUGCUGGGCAUCUUGGGCCCCCUGGACCCUCACUGGCUGGUAGAGAACAAUGUCAGCGGCUGCCCACACCCCCACAUCCCCUCUGACCACUUCUCCCUCUAUGCUCAGCUGGAGUUGCUCCUGCCCAGUGUACCCUCCCAGGUCAAUGGGCUUCACCUGCCUGCACGCAGGUAGUGAGCCCCUGCCAUGCCACCAGGGGGAGCUGCAACCACAGCUUCUCCCUCAACCAGCUCUUACCUCCGCUACCUCUGGAGGAGGGAGACCGAAACAAAACCGACACAACCUACAAAAUAUUCGUACAUUGAGGUCUGGCUGACAGGGAUUUCGUAUACAAUGUUAUAGAUAUUCUAUAUUUUUCUUUUUUUCUUUCUGAUUUUCUUUUUACGUCCUUUUUUAACUGCUUGGUUCAGUCCUGUUUAUGUAUCAAGUGUUUUUGGACUCCCUCUUCUCAUUCGGUUCAUAAACCCCUGCAUACUUUAUUUUUGCCAUCUUUCCAACUAGAGGGGAUGGUAGCUCAUUCAGAUUCAUUACACGAGGCUCUGUGUGGUUUAAUAGGGAGGCUCAAAAGCGGCUGAGUGGGUGACAUUUAGCUGGGAAGCUGCAGAGCUGUCUGUCUGUCCCUGUAUAAAUCUAAAACCAGCAAAGACAGCAGACUCGUCGGUCUCAGUCCUCUACGUUUGGCUCGUGCUCGUUAUCCAUCUGCGCUCUGAGCAGCCGGCGUCAAUUCUCAGUCGGGUUUUGAGCCGAUUUUCACUAGAUAAGCAUCCUAACCAGCGGAUGCACUGCAGCUGAUCUGAGGGGAUAUUUUCUGCUGCCAUUCUGUGGUGCUCAGGCCUUUUUUUGUGUGUGUGGUCACGGCCUCCUGCGGUGCUACAAGAUAGUCCACAACUCUGACCCCUGCUCCUGGUGCAUUGACAAGCAGAUUAGUGGGACAUCAGCAGUUUUAAGAAGGAAAAUAAAGAGAAACUGAGAGCAGCUACCAUCCUUUUUGCAGACAGUUUCCCCCUCCGGCUUGUAUAAUUGCUAUGCUAGUCAUGUGGCCCGGAGUAUCAGAUUUUUUUUUUAACGGUAAGGAGCAAGGGAGUUGGGCCGAUCGGCAGAGGGAGGGGGGGCUUUAGCAAACCUUUUCAGUGUCGUUUGCUUUUUAGCCAGAGAGUGAAAAAUGGCUGACGAGUAAAACCAGCAUUCCUCUCACUAUCAGAUGACCUCCAACUUCACUCAUGCAAGCUGUCACACACACACACACACACAGAGGUAAUGUGCAGGCAGAUGUGUAGCACUGUCUCGAAGGCCAGUAGUGAACCCCACCCCACCCCAGCCAUACGUUCACACACAGGAGCAGUGAUUUUUCACCAGAGUGUUUGUACAGAAUAGAAGUCUAGACUCAGUCUUUACAUGAUUGUAUAUGAAACACAAAAAGACCUGUUUUCUGGCAUUUUUUUGUACGAAAAAUAAAUUAUGGUCAGAUUAAGGAAAAAAAAAAAAGACUGUAUUGUAAACUAUGGCAAAAUUUUUAUCCAGUUAAUGUUAAGAUGAAUUAAUAUUACCAGCUUGUAAAAGAGACGUCAGAGGAGGCUGCUCGCGCCGUUUGCUGUUUUCUUCUUUGCACUCCCAGGAGAUUAACUGUAACGCCUCAGCAUCGUUUUGAUUCAUUUGCUAUGAUGUAAAUAGACAGUCGAUUUUUACCUGUUGCUUUCUGCCCAUUAACAAAGCCGACGAUCCGGACUGAUGCCGAUUUUGUUUUGUUUUUUUCGGACGGAAGGACACCCUGCGCCGACCCAAGUCAGUUCACCUGGCUCCAAAGCGAAGUGUAAACGACUCAACACGGAGAAAAGUCCUGCGCGUACGUCUCGUACUCACUGUAGCAGUUGAUGUUGUCUUGCACUAUUUACAUUCAACGAUGGCUCGAGCAGCCUCCUCUCCUUUUAUUUUUAAAUACUGUUGAGAUAUUUGUGAAGAUUUUAUGUCUUUCUUUUUUUUUUUUUUUGUUAAUGUUCAGUUCCUUUUUUUAAUGAAAUGUGACGAUGUUCUGAUGAUGUGUAUAUCCUUCCCAUUCAUUGAGCUCUCUAGUAAUCAGGUAUGCUCCGCUGACCCCCCCUCUCCGCUGUAAGGAAACGUGAGCGGGGUUUUCUUUAUACAUUCACUCAGAUUAUUUCUGCACCCAGAUGACCUGCUUCCCCACCAACCCAGCUUCCUUCCUGGCCACAAAUAUACUCGCGAGCAUAUCCCUCUCCCCUCAUCAUAAACCACCCAACCUCAAACUUUUUCUGAUACACUUCUCAAAUGUUUUAACCUUUUUUGUCCCACUUUUCUUUGUGUAGAUUUUCUACCCUUGCCAUUGCAGCUAUAGUGCCAUUUGUGGACCGCCCCCCUGCCCCUUGCCUUUUGUAUUGGAAAGGGUGGAAGAGCCCAUUUGAUCUCUGCUUUACUUCUUGUUUCUGUCAAAAAAAAAUAGAGCCAGGCUGUCAGUUCUAAAUCGGAUUUGUUCCAUCUCAAAAACAAGUUAAAUGUGAGAUUAUUUGAAAUGCACUUAAGCGAUUCAGAUGCAGCUCCACUGAUUCUCUAAGAAGAAACUUAAAUGUUGGAAAAGCAAGAAAAUGGGGACAUGUCAGUUUGGUCCCUGCCUCUCGUCUCUCCCCUCUCCUGCAGUAAAAAUCAAUGUGUCCAAAUUGAUUUUUCUUUCCUGAAUGGCAUUAGUAUUGUACUAGAUGUAAAGGGUAGCCUUUUUUUGUUUUGUUUUAUUUGUAAAGUGUGAAUAAAAAAAAUUUCUUGUUUCCUUUCUAAAAAAA